GCCUUGAGUUGAACCAGCAGAUGGCCAGCUAUACCAGCCCCUCCCGUGAGAAGAGAUUCCUGUAUAAGGCGCUAGGAACGUCCUUAGCAGUUUGUCAGGACCUGGGCCACGUUAAGUCCCAGCUUCAUAAAUUUUUGACAGCAACAGAUUAUAUGGAAGCCCCUGAGAGACAGAGAGUCAUUUCCAUCCUCGCGUUCUGUGCUGAGAGCCACUUGGACCUCACCCUGAACGCACUUCACGAGUUUGGGGCUGCAAUGAGCAAGGUGAAGAUUUCUGGGCUCAUCAGCCGCCUGAAGGACUACCACCAUGGGAGAAGAGGCAAGACUCGCAGCACCCUGAUGCUGACUUACAGCAGCGUGGCUGUCCAUGCUCCAAAAGACCAGCUUCUCUCCCGAGUAGAGGCAGACAUCACAGGGAACAUCCUUCUCCAUUACAGAGCCAGUUGUCAGGUGCUGGGCAUCACUGUUGCGAACAAGGUACAUUCUAAAUAA